AUGCAAGAUGACAUGGAGCUUAUACGGAAACUGCCUACAAUAGCUUUAUGUGGAGGUGGCCUGUGGAUGGGUUUAGAAUUUCAUAUGAAAUAUGUUAUAUCAUAUGGUACCACAACAGCUUUUGCAGUACUGGACAAUAUAGAACCUCCUCCAAUGCCAAGAUGCAUUGCUAGAAUUCAUAUCUAUUCACAAAUGUGGAGACACUUUGAUGUUGGGCUCUAUAAAUUUCUUGUAAAAUACAUUUACAAACCAGGACUUGUUAUAAUUUCUAGAUCAUACAAACUGCCAAAGAUGUUCCUUCAAGGGGAGGCAUUU